AUGAACACCUUUUUAGUAGUGUGCCUCGCUGUUUCGCUAUAUAUUUGUAAUGCUUGUAAAUGUAAAACACAGACAAGCCAAGAGUCUUUCUGCGCUGCUGAUUGGGUGUCACAUGUGAAGGUGAAACUACGUGUUUCAAAACAACCUAUGCCACCUGGAUCGCCACGUAAAGGUCUGAACAACCAUCGGUAUGCAGUGGAACAUAUCAAAGUGUACAAGAAACCGUCGGAUCUCAAAGCUUUGCCAGCUGAAAUCUACACGCCCUCCGAACCACCCGCUUGUGGCCUUCUCAUCGACGCGGGCAAAGAGUACCUCCUCGCAGGAAAGAUUCACAACGGGACUCUGCUCACUGUGUUGUGCGGCCAAGUACUUGUCGAUAAUCCCGCAGAAGAAUUAUACGAAAACGUGCUGGAAUGGAAGAAAGUGCCCAAACAACUGCAAGAGAAACUUCCUACAUUUAAAUGUUGA